AUGACAGACACAACAAAUAGUACCAAAGAGGAUGCCUCAACUCUUCUUUCAAAGUUGACGUUGGCUGAGAAGAAAGGCAAGGAAGAACUGAAGAAAAACAGUGAAGAAACUAGCAAAACGUCUGACUCACCAAAGGUUGAAACCAAGAAAGAAAAAACAAAGGAGACAAAGAGAGAAGAAGCAAAUGGGAUAAAUAAAGAGAAAGAAAGCAACCUUAUUAACUCAUCUUAUGAGGUGAAGGUGAACCUUGCCGAUUUACAAGCAGAUCCAAAUUCUCCGCUUUAUUCUGUUAAAUCGUUCGAAGAUUUGGGCUUAACGGAGGGUUUGUUGAAAGGAUUGUAUGCAAUGAAGUUUUCGAAACCUUCCAAAAUUCAAGAGAAAGCUUUACCGUUGCUUCUGGCUAAUCCACCAAAAAACUUAAUUGCCCAAUCACAAUCUGGUACAGGAAAAACGGCAGCUUUUGCUCUCUCUAUGCUCAGUCGAGUUGAUGAGAAUAAAAAAUGUCCACAGGCUAUAUGUCUAUCUCCAGCGCGUGAAUUGGCUAGACAAACUUUGGAAGUUAUCGAGGAAAUGGGUAAGUACACUGGCAUUUCAUAUCAAUUGGUGGUUCCAGGAAGUACAGCAAGGGAAGAACGUAUAAAUGCUCAAAUAUUAGUGGGAACCCCUGGCGCUAUUUUGGGUUUAACAAAAAGAGGAUCAAUAGAUGUUUCUGCCGUGAAAAUUUUUGUUUUGGAUGAAGCAGAUAAUAUGCUUGAUCAGCAAGGUCUUGGUAGCCAAUGUCUCAGAUAUAAGAAUUCGCUUCCAAAGCAAGUUCAAAUUGCGUUGUUUUCGGCUACGUUUCCAGAAAAGGUGAACAAAUACGCAAAACGGUUUGUUCCCAAUGCAAACACACUAGAAUUGAAGCAGGAAGAAUUAAAUGUGAAGGCCAUUAAACAGCUUUACAUGGACUGUGAUUCCGAAGGGCACAAGUUUGAAUGCUUGUGUGAAUUAUAUGGUUUGUUAACUAUAGCUUCAUCUAUUAUCUUUGUUCAGAGGAAGAUCACCGCUGAUAAGUUAUACAUCAGGAUGAAAAACGAAGGACAUGCGGUUUCCGUUCUUCAUGGUGGUCUUGUUCCUGAGGAUCGUGACCGUCUUAUUGAUGACUUCAGGGAAGGAAGAUCGAAAGUCCUUAUUACUACCAACGUUCUUGCCAGGGGUAUCGAUAUUCCUUCUGUUUCUAUGGUUGUUAACUAUGACAUGCCAUACGAUAAGAAUGGAAAACCGGACCCGGAAACAUACCUUCACAGAAUUGGACGAACAGGUAGAUUUGGAAGAACAGGUGUUUCUAUUUCAUUCAUCCACGAUAAGAAAUCUUAUGAGUGCUUAAAGUACAUUGCACAUUACUUUGGUGGAUUAGAAUUGACCAGGGUUCCAUCGGAUGACUGGGAUGAGGUCGAAAAAAUUGUUAAGAAGGUGAUCAAAUGA